CAGCGCCAUGGUGCGGCAGCUUGUGACCCUCACCGCUGACUGAGUUUGUAAACUUUGAGAGGUUUGUGGACUGAAGUCUCCAGUUUUUAUCUAAUUUCCAAUGAUUUGACUACAACUUGGUCAAGAACAGACCCGCAGGAAAAAUGCACAUUAAACAGGUUAUUAUUCAGGGCUUUAAAAGCUACCGUGAGCAGACUGUGGUUGAGCCCUUUGACCAGAGGCACAACGUCGUUGUCGGCCGAAACGGGUCUGGCAAGUCCAACUUCUUCUCAGCCAUCCAGUUUGUGUUGAGCGAUGAGUACUGCCACCUUCGAACAGAGCAGAGGCAGGCCCUAUUGCACGAGGGCACUGGACCCAGGGUCAUCUCUGCUUACGUUGAGAUUAUCUUUGACAACUCUGAUGGACGUCUGCCUAUUGACAAGGAUGAAGUCUGCGUGCGAAGAAUGAUUGGUGCCAAGAAGGACCAGUUCUUCCUUAAUAAGAAAAUGGUCACCAGGGCUGAUGUGAUGAAUCUUCUAGAGUCUGCUGGCUUCUCCAGGUCCAAUCCCUAUUACAUCGUCAAGCAAGGAAAGAUCAACCAAAUGGCAACUGCACCUGAUUCGCAGAGGUUGAAACUGUUGCGUGAGGUGGCUGGUACCAGAGUGUAUGAUGAGAGACGUGAAGAAUCGCAAGGAAUUCUUAGAGAAACCACUGGUAAAGUUGAAAAGAUCAAGGAAUUCUUGAAGACGAUCGAGGACCGCUUGAAGACCUUAGAGGAUGAAAAGGAAGAGCUGAAGGAGUACCAAAAGUGGGAUCGAAUGCGCCGUUCGCUUGAGUACACCAUCCACGACAGGGAACUCAAAGAGACAAGAAAAAAGCUCCACGAAAUGGAGCAGCAGAGGAAGAAUUCCGGUGAAAGUCAGGAAAAGCUGAGAAACAAGCUGCAGAAGGCGCAGGAAAAUGCAAAAAUGGCCAUGAAGGAACUCAAAGAUGUCAAACAGAAGGUGGCAGCAUGCAAAGAAGAGAAAGAGACCUGCCAGGCUGAAACCCAGCAGCUCAUCAAAGAGCGCACUAAACUUGAACUAACAAAGCAGGAUCUGACGGAUGAAGUCACCGGCGACAACAAUUCAAAGGAGAGAGCUGAGAAGGAGUUGGAAAAACUGAAGGAUCAAAUUUCGCAAAAAGAAAAAGAGCUUGAGCUUCUGAAACCCAAAUACGAGGAGAUGAAAAAGCGUGAGGAGGACUGUACUCGAGAAUUGGCACUUAAAGAGCAGAAGCGGAAAGAAUUGUAUGCAAAGCAAGGUCGAGGGAGCCAGUUUACUUCCAAAGAGCAGCGUGAUCAGUGGAUCCAGACAGAGUUGCGCUCUCUGAAAAAAGCGUUGACAGACAAGAAGGAGCAAAUUGACCGUCUCACCGAGGAACUUAAAAAGGAUGCUGAGAAGAAAAUCCAGGCAGAGAAACGCAUUGAGGAACUGAAUAUGGAGAUGGAAAAUCACAGACAGAAUAUUGAUUGUCACAACAAAGGUUUUUACGAUGACAAAAAGAGGAAAGACUCCCUUCAGGCCCAGAGAAAUGAAUACUGGCGGAAGGAAAGUUCUUUGCAGCAACAAAUCGCCUCUUUGAGAGAAGAUCUCGCCAAGGCUGAUCAGUCCCUUCGAUCCAUGGCAGGCAAGCCCAUUCUCAAUGGUCGUGAUUCGGUUCGCAAAGUGCUUGACUACUUCAAGGAGAAAGGAGGACACUUGGCCGAGGUUGCCACUUCAUACUAUGGGCCUGUCAUUGAGAACUUUGAUUGCGAGAAACAAGUGUACACUGCUGUCGAGGUGACUGCGGGCAACCGUCUCUUCCACCACAUCGUCGACUCUGACAAGGUUGGCACCCAAAUUCUCAAGGAGAUGAACCGUCAGAAGCUCCCUGGAGAGGUCACCUUCAUGCCUCUCAACCGACUCAACGUCAAGGAAACCAACUAUCCUGAAAGUGCUGACGCACUGCCUAUGGUGAAGAAGCUCAACUAUGAGGACAAGUAUGAUAAGGCAAUUCGCUAUAUUUUCGGCAAGACCCUCAUUUGCCGCAACUUGGAGGUAGCGACAAAGCUUGCGAGGACAACACAGCUCGACUGCGUGACCCUCGAGGGUGACCAGGUUUCAUCAAAGGGCUCUUUGACUGGUGGUUACUUCAACACUAGCCGUUCGCGCCUCGAGAUCCAAAAGACACGCUCAGAGCUGAUGGGACAAAUCAAGGGUAGCGAAGAUGAGCUGGCAAAGUUGCGCGCUGAUCUCAUGAACACCGAAGGAGAGAUCAACAAGAUUGUCUCAAAGAUGCAGCAAACUGAGACCAGAAACAGCAAGUCAAAAGACGUUUUUGAUAAGGUGAAGGCAGACAUCCGUUUAGCUAAAGAGGAGCUCUCUGCCAUUGACCGGUCACGUGGACCCAAGGAAAGGUCGCUUGCGCAACUGAAGUCGAGUCUUGAGGGCAUGCAGACAACAAAGGAGGGCCUCGAGAAUGAAUUGCACCAAGAGUUGAUGACCACUCUUUCUUCGAGCGACCAGAAUGUCGUUGACAAUCUCAAUGAUGACAUCCGACGUCUCUCUAAAGAGAACAAGGAGGCCUUCAGCACUCGUAUGCGCCUUGAGGCUGAAAAGAACAAACUCGAGAAUCUUCUGACAAACAAUUUGAUUCGCCGAAAGGACGAGUUGGUUCAGGCGCUUCAAGAAAUCUCAGUGGAAGACAGGAAGCGGCAGCUAGAUAACUGCAAAAACGAAUUGGGCAACAUUGAUUCUCGACGUGAGACCGUGACUGCCGGUUUAAAGGAGGCGGAAAAGAAACUGUCAGAGUUGAUGAAAAAACAGCGCUCGGCCAAUGGUGAGCUUGAUAAAUGGCGCACACAAGAGAAGGAGGCCCAAGAGGCUCUUGAGGAGGACGCUCGUUCCUUGGACAAAAUGGCCACUAAGCAGAACAUGCUGCAGAAGAAAAUUGAUGAGUGCACUGCCAAGAUCUGCGACCUUGGGUCGUUGCCUUCUGACUUCUUUGACAAGUACCAAAAUAUGAAUACUAAAAACCUGUUUAAAGAGAUGGAAAAGGCAAACCAGCACCUGAAGAAAUACAGCCACGUCAAUAAGAAGGCUCUGGACCAGUUUAUGAGCUUCUCUGAGCAGAGAGAAAAACUUAACAGCAGAAACGGCGAGCUGGAACGAGGUGAUGAGAAAAUCCACAUGCUGAUGGACGUUCUAGAACAGCGCAAACAAGAAGCUAUCCAGUUGACUUUUAAACAAGUGUCGAAGAACUUCAGCGAAGUUUUCAAGAAACUGGUGCCUGCUGGAACGGCGCAACUUGUCAUGCGCAAGAACAAUGAAGACGUUGAACAAGCUGGCACUAGUGCUCAGAGUGGAGAGUAUGACCAAUACUCUGGCGUGGGCAUCCGCGUCUCCUUCACCAGCAACACGGCUGAAAUGAGAGAGAUGAACCAACUGUCUGGUGGACAGAAGUCGUUGGUUGCCUUGGCACUCAUCUUCGCUAUCCAGAUGUGUGACCCUGCUCCCUUCUACUUGUUUGAUGAAAUCGAUCAGGCCCUUGACGCGCAACACAGAAAGGCAGUUGCCGACAUGAUCCAUGAGCUGUCAGGCGAAGCUCAGUUCAUUACAACUACUUUCAGACCUGAGCUGCUGGAACACGCUAACAAAUUCUACGGAGUCAAAUUCCGCAACAAGGUGAGUCACGUUGAGUGUGUGACCAGAGAGGAGGCGCGAGACUUCGUCGAGGAUGAUGCCACACAAGGCUAAUUUUACAAACGCAUUUUAGUUUCUACAAAUAUAUUGUUAAAGUCAUCCCACAUCAUAUUUACGCCAUGUCUUAUAAUAUGUGAAAGUUGUUUAUAGUGGAACUUACUCAUUGUCGACUGUCUGAAUGUCGUCUUCCCCAUUAUUACAAAGAUUUUAGUUGCAUUUUUUGGUAUAAUAAAAGU